AACAGUAAACAAGAGCGCCGUUAUCUGAUUAAAUUAAAAGUUUCUCUGUUUCUCUGUUUCUGGCCCGAAGGCUCAAAUGUCCGUUCAGGCGGAUCCUCCGGAGCAGGAGGAGACUGAUCUGCCUUUCAUCGUGUUUGAAGGAUCCUCCCCGGAGGAUGUGUCCCACGCCAGGCAGCUGUGGGGCUCCCUGUCCCUGCUGCCGCCGCUGGAGUCGCGGCUGGUGUCGGCGGAUAUCCGCCAGAGGCUGCCGGUGUCUCGGCCGCAGCGCAGCGGCAGCACCGCCGCCGCCGGUCCCGCUCCGGAGCCGCAAAGAGUCCCCGAUCCCCGGCAGAGGCAGGAGGAGAGGCAGCGGUACGCGGCCAUGGGCGACCAGAGGAAGGAGAUCCUGGCUCUGCUGAGGAGGCAGAGGGAGCGGAGGAUCCAGAAGGAGCUGCUCUCUGUGGCCUUCAAGCCCAAAGGGAAAGUCGGCAGAGAAAACAAAGGAAAAGAAAAGCCUGAGGAGGACUCUGAGGAGGACUCUGAGGAGGACAGGGAGCUGGUCAGGCAGCUGUGUUUGAGAUAAACUGCAGGAUUAGUUUAAAGUGUUCAGACAACAAAACGUCUCUCACACACACUGCCUUAAUAUAUCAAAACCAGUUUAUCCUUAUGACUGCUUCAGUAUGGGCACACUAUGGGAAAAACAGAUAUGUAAAGCAGUGUAAAAAAGUAUUAUAAAGGGGAGCCAAACAGCUCUGGUGGCGACUAAAUAAUAUUUCAAAUACUGAUCUGCCGACGAUCCUGUGGAACAACCGGAAGUCACAAAAAAUGGGACUAAAGUGGUUAAAAAUUGAAUGAGGGAGACCAGUUUCCUGUUUCUUUUUCUAAAGAAUGCACUUCUGUGUUCCUCAGGGAUCCAUUCUGGGACCUCUUUAAUUCACUGGGCUGAUAACAUUCAAAGCCGGUGAUUUUAAAGUAUCUCUGGUCAUUAAAA